CUAAGCAAAACCCCCACAACCAUCACCAUCAUCAUCAUCAUCACCACCAUUUCCCCCACCAUGAAGCCUCCUCCUCCCUUCUUCUAUAAAAUCUCCACUAAUUUCCUUAUGACCAAAAAAAAACUCGUUUAUAAUAUCAACAAAAAUAAACCCAAGUCUUUAGUUAGUUCUUAAAUUUUCAUCUCUUAGGAGAUUUUUUUAUUAUUUUACAUGAUGAGGAAGCCUAACAAUGGUAGCACUAUUACUACUACUAACAAUAAGCUUAGGAAAGGGUUAUGGUCACCCGAAGAAGAUGAUAAGCUCAUUAACUAUAUGUUAACCAAUGGCCAAGGUUGUUGGAGUGACGUAGCUCGGAACGCCGGCUUGCAACGGUGCGGCAAGAGUUGCCGUCUCCGUUGGAUCAAUUACUUGAGACCCGAUCUCAAACGAGGUGCCAUUUCGCCAGAAGAAGAAGAACUAAUCGUCCAGUUACAUUCUAUUCUCGGCAAUAGGUGGUCUCAAAUUGCGGCUCGCUUGCCUGGUCGUACCGACAAUGAAAUAAAGAACUUUUGGAAUUCGACGAUAAAGAAAAGGCUCAAAAAUUCUUCACCAAACACCACCGGUUCAUCAACAUCAAACUUUAACAAAGAUUCCAAUCCAGUCGGCUUCAUUACAAUGGAACAACAAGGUGUUCUUUUGCCUACGUACAUCGAUUUAUCGUCGACUUCAUCCAAUUCUUCCUUGCAAUCAACCGUCACGAACCCCGGGACUGCAUUCGGUGCCACCGUCGGGUACUUUGCGACAAACGUCAACUGUAUGUACGGUGAAAACGAGAUGUUAUGUGGGGAGGAACUAUACAUGCCUCCUUUAGAAACUGUUAGAGAAAACCUUAAAAUCGAGAAUACAUUCGAAAGCGACAUCACCACCACCACCACCACAAACAACAACAAUAACGUAGAUUGCAGUAUGAAAUCGGAGAACGUAAUGACCGGUGCGGCUGUCGGGAAUUUUUGGUUAGGUGAAGAGAUUAAAGUUGGAGACUGGGAUUUGGAGGAUUUGAUGAAAGAUGUUUCUUCUUUUCCAUUUCUUGAUUUUCAAAGUUAAAUAUAAUUAAAACAUUUUAGGUCAAAAUUAAAACAUUAAAAAAAACCCUAGAGUUCAUUACAAAAAAAAAAAAAACUUAAAACCUUGUUUGUUUGAUAGUGAAAAAGGACUACAAAAUUCUCAUAGAUUUCGACAAUACUUACAAAAAUUGUAUAAGUUUAUAGGAUAUAUAUAUAUAUAACACUAUGGAAUAAAGGUGACAUGAAAAUCUUUGUAAUUUUUGUAUUAUUGUGAAGAGGAAAAUGGGUACUUUGAUUGACUUAGAAAUGAAAUAAUAAGCCAUGUAUACACUUUGUAAUAGAAAUAAGAAGGAACAAUUUCAAUUUCUAAAGUAAUAUUGUUAUUACUAGAUCGAAUCGGUCAGUUGAACUGAUUGAAUUGAAAAUCGAUGGUCGAUUUAAGCGACAUCAUAAAAUUGAAAAGGAAUUGAAUUGAUAAAAUGAAUGUUUAUGUUUCUA